UUUUGCUAUGACUGUCACCUGAAUAAAACGAAAUAAUCAGAAAGAAAAGGAACAAAAAAUUAACUUAAGAUAAACUCAACAAAUUGUGGCAUGUCAUCCAAUUCAAAUGCUCAAGCCACUUUGGCCGGCAUGUCGACAACAGCAGCAGCAACAACAACAACACCAUCAACGAUGUCUAACAAUCAGGGACAGGGCCAGACAACUAUACCAGGAACCGGAACGGGAACUGGAGCAGCAAAAACAACAAACAGGAUAAUUAACAAUUUUCGUGCCCUACUUAAGGAUCCAAAUAAUCUGGAUGAGGCUGUUAAUUAUUUAUAUAGAACAUUGAUCGAUGAUGCCACAGCCGGCAUAUUCAUUGAGACACAUCAUCUGCGUAAGACUGGCAAUUUAGCCGCCUUGGAUGGCCUUGCCGAGGAGUCGGCAUAUCGUAUUUGUGAAAUGCCAAAUUUGGAUAUAUUUGGCAUAUCGACAGCCAAAAAACCAAUGGAUUGCACUUGCCCCAACUGUGAUAGACUUGUGGCGGCUGCCCGUUUUGCACCGCAUCUAGAGAAAUGUAUGGGUAUGGGCAGAAUCUCAUCGAGAAUUGCGUCGCGUCGUUUGGCUACCAAAGAGGGCACAAGUGCCAGUUCCAGUUCAUCAUCGACAUAUAUGCAUUCGGGCGGUGAUCGUGGUGGUGGUGGUGGUCAUCAUGCCGGCGCUGGUGGCACAGAUGAUGAAGACGAUGUCGAUUGGUCAUCGGAUAAGCGUAAAAAGAAAUCCACACAAAGUUCACGUAACAAUGGUUCCAAAAAAAAUAACGGAAAGACUUUCUAAAGUACUUUAAAUACAAUACAAAAAAAAGAAAUAAAAUGGAUUUAAUUUUUCAUUAA